GCCAUAACGUCACUUCUGGAUGUCAAUAUGCGGCUUGGUGCGGCGCUGGGAAACGGAACCACUGGAAAGAUGUAAACCAAGUAACCGGAGAAGACAAGCCUCAACGAAGACACUCAACGUGACCUCCGGGGAAACGGUAUCUUACAUCCGAUAAACGGAACCACACCAACCGGCAGCUCGUUGAGUCGCUAUCCCCGAAGCAGCGGAGCGCUAGCCUUAAAGCAGCCAUCUUUUGUGAGAGAAUGUACGGGGCGACGCGGCGGGCCUGCUCGGGCUCUGGCCGGGGCCGGAGCCUGCUGAUGCUGACAACCGCGCUCCUGCUCUCGGUUGUCGGCCUGCUCUCCGGGCUGCCUGGCUUCACGGAGGCGAAGGAAUGCGACAAGCCUUGCAUGAACGGGCAGUGCAACUCCGCUACUGGCAACUGUGUGUGCUUCCCCGGCUGGGUCGGGGACCAAUGCCAGCACUGCGGAGGGCGCUUCAGGUUGACGGGGCCCUCUGGUCAGCUGACUGAUGGUCCAGGAAACUACAAGUACAAGACCAAGUGCACCUGGCUGAUCGAGGGACAGCCCAACACGAUACUCCGAUUACGCUUCAACCACUUUGCCACUGAAUGCAGCUGGGACCACCUUUACGUGUACGACGGAGACUCCAUCUACGCCCCCCUCCUCGCUGCCUUCAGUGGUCUGAUUGUUCCUGAGAGUUACGGGAAUGAGACGGUUCCUGAGGUGGUGUCUCAGUCCGGCUACGCCCUGCUGCACUUCUUCAGUGAUGCUGCCUACAACCUGACCGGCUUCAACAUCUCCUACAGGGUGAAUACAUGUCCCAACAACUGCUCCGGCCGUGGGGAGUGUCGUGUGAACAACUCCACCGGGUCGGUGUACUGUGACUGUGACGACAACUGGAAAGGGGGAGCCUGUGACGUCCCGUACUGCAUGGCUGACUGUGGCUACCCCGAACGAGGACGCUGCCAGGACAAGACGUGCGUCUGCAAGAGCGGAUGGCAAGGUCCAGACUGUUUGGUCUCAGUGCCCGCCAACUCCUCCUUCUGGAGCCGGGAGGAGUACACCGAGGCCGGGCUGACGAGGGCAGCCCACAAGGCCGUGGUGGACCAGGGCAUCAUGUGGGUCAUCGGAGGCUACGUCUUCAACGCCUCCGACUAUCACAUGGUCAAAGCGUAUAACCUCAGUAGCAAGAGCUGGCUGACCCUCGACCCCUCCGUCCACACCGUCACGCCGCGAUAUGGCCACUCACUGGCUCUUCAUGAGGGGAAGAUCUACAUGUACGGAGGAAAGAUCGACUCCACAGGAAACGUGUCCAGCCAGCUGUGGGUUUUCCACAUCCAGAACCAGACCUGGGUCCUCCUGAGCCCCCGGACCAACGAUCAGUAUGCCGUGGUGGGACACUCGGCCCACAUUGUGCCUCCCGUCCAGGAGGGGGACAAUCCCAUCAUGCUGGUCAUGUUCGGGCACUGUCCUCUGUACGGGUACAUCAGCCAGGUGCAGGAGUACAACAUCGUGAAGAACACGUGGGGCAUGGCGUCCACGGACGGUGCACUGGUGCAGGGCGGCUACGGCCACAGCAGUGUGUUCGACCCCAGCACCAGAGCCAUCUACAUCCACGGAGGCUACAAGGCCUUCAGUGCCAACAAGUACGGCCUGGCUGGAGACCUGUACAAGUUCGAGGUGGACAAGAUGAAAUGGACCAUCCUGAGGGACAGCGGCUUCUUCCGUUACCUCCACACCGCGGUGAUAGUGAGCGGCACGAUGCUGGUGUUUGGAGGAAACACCCACAACGACACAUCCAUGAGCCACGGUGCCAAGUGCUUCUCCUCAGACUUCCUGGCCUACAGUCUGGCGUGUGACGAGUGGACGCCGCUGCCUCGGCCGGACCUCUACCACGACGUCAAUCGCUUCGGACACUCGGCAGUUUUCAGUGACAGCAUGAUGUACGUGUUCGGAGGCUUCAACAGCCUGCUGCUCAGUGACGUCCUGAUGUACACGUCGCCCAGCUGCGCAGCCUUCUCCAGCCUGGCGUCCUGCAGCCAGGCCUGGCCGGGCAUCCACUGCGUCUGGAACGGCACCCAGGAGACCUGCCUGCCCUGGGAGAGCGGCACCAUCGGAGGCGAGCAGCAGCUACCAGCCUCCUGCACCACGCGAUCAUAUGCUGACAGUGAGAAGUGCGACCAGUACACGGACUGCUACAGCUGCACGGCCAACACCAACGGCUGCCAGUGGUGCUCGGGCCAGUGUGUGUCUCUGGGGAGCAACUGCACCUCUGCCACCGGGGCCAUCGGGGAGUUUGAUGUCUGCCCGAAGGACAACCCUUCAUAUGUGUGCAACAAGAAAACCAGCUGCAAGAGCUGCGCAGCCGACCAGAACUGUCAGUGGGAACCUCGCAACCAGGAUUGCAUCUCCCUGCCAGAAAACGUGUGCGGUGAAAGCUGGCAUCUGGUGGGAAACUCCUGCCUGAAGUUCAUCACGGCGAAGGACUCGUACGACAACGCCAAGCUGGCCUGCAGGAGCCACAACGCCGUCCUGUCCUCGCUCACCACCCAGAAGAAGGUGGACUUUGUGCUGAAGGAGCUGCAGAUUAUGAGCGUGGUGUACAAGGCCACAGUGACGCCCUGGGUGGGGCUCAGGAAGAUCAACGUGUCGUACUGGUGCUGGGAGGACAUGUCGCCCUUCACCAACACCACCCUGCAGUGGCUGCCCGGCGAGCCGAGCGAUGCCGGCUUCUGUGGCUACCUGGCGGAGCCGGCGUCCAGCGGACUGAAGGCACAAACCUGCAUCAACCCGGUGAACGGCAGCCUGUGUGAGCGGCCAGCCAACCACAGUGCCAAGCAGUGCCGGACACCGUGUGCCAUGAGAGCCACCUGCAGCGAGUGCACCAGCGGCAGCUCGGAGUGCAUGUGGUGCAGCAACAUGAAGCAGUGCGUGGACUCCAACGCAUACGUGGCCUCCUUCCCCUUCGGACAGUGUAUGGAGUGGUACACGAUGAACACGUGUCCACCGGAGAACUGCUCCGGGUACAGGACAUGUGGUCAGUGUCUGGACCAGCCGGGCUGCGGUUGGUGCACCGACCCCAGCAACACGGGCAAAGGUCAGUGCAUCGAGGGCUCGUACCGUGGGCCCUUCCAGACCUCGGUGCCGGCCCCCUCCACCCUCCCCGGCCUGCCCGCCAGCCCCCAGCCCGCCCUCAAUGCCAGCAUGUGUCCCAGCGAGGCCAAAUACAACUGGUCCUUCAUCCACUGCCCAGCCUGUCAGUGUAACGGUCACAGCCAGUGUGUCAACGAGAGCGUGUGCGAGAAGUGCGAGGACCUGACAACCGGCCGACACUGCGAGAGCUGCAUCUCCGGCUUCUACGGAGAUCCGACCAACGGGGGCAGCUGCCAGCCCUGCAAGUGUAACGGCCAUGCCAGCAUGUGCAACCCAAACAACGGCAAGUGCUUCUGCACCACGAAGGGCAUCAAAGGAGAUCGCUGCCACCUGUGUGAAGUCGAGAAUCGUUACCAAGGCAACCCCCUCAAAGGAACAUGCUACUACACGCUCCUCAUCGACUACCAGUUCACCUUCAGCCUGUCGCAGGAGGACGACCGCUACUACACCGCCAUCAACUUCGUGGCCACACCUGAGGAGCCAAACCGGGAUCUGGACAUUUACAUAAACGCCUCAAAGAACUUCAACCUGAACAUAACGUGGGCCACGAGCUUCACCGCAGGCACCCAGACCGGAGAGGAGAUCCCCAUCGUGUCCCGCAGCAGCAUCAAGGAGCUCAAAGACAGCUUCUCCAACGAGAACUUUGAUUUCCGCAACAGCCCAAACAUAACCUUCUUUGUCUACGUCAGCAACUUCACGUGGCCCAUAAAGAUCCAAAUCGCCUUCUCGCAGCACAGUAACUUCAUGGAUCUGGUGCAGUUCUUUGUCACGUUCUUCAGCUGCUUCCUGUCUCUGCUCCUUGUGGCCGCCGUGGUUUGGAAGAUCAAACAAAGUUGCUGGGCGUCACGGCGACGAGAGGUGAUUCAUGCGCCGCUCUGCAGAAUAUACAGGCUCGCACAUGAGGCAACGAAGCCUUCAGAACGGCUUCACCAGCACACGGCGUUAAAAGAUAAGCCCUUGGAGUUUUUUGAAAGAAAACAACAUGAACAAGAAGGACAUAAAGAAUUAAUGAUGGUCACCACAUCAACACAUGCGAGUGCACGGAGAGCGUCAUACUUAGUGAGUAACCGUGUCGCUAAGAGAAGAAACCUUUUACUGUUGGUGAAGAAUGUAUCCCUCUAUAUUGGACCGGUCCGUGCCGCAAAAAAUGUUGGAAAUCUAAUAGAUUUAGAGCAGGGACUUAGUGGUGUCCAAAUAAAGAUGAAAGAUGCGUCAUUUAAAACCAACCGACGACAUCAGCAUGUCGUCGGUUGUAUCUCAUAUCUGAGCUGUCGGGACUUCGUGCCCGUGUAGCUUCUGAGCUGUGCAAACAAAAGUGAACUCGUGUAUUAUGCCGAGAAGUGUGUAGAGCAGGCAGAUAGUACGCAGGUAAUACGACCACCAGGCUGACAUCCAAAUGAGUUUCACUUCCUCGUGAGACCUC